AUGCCUUCGAAUAAUGGUCCCCGUCAUGGAAAGGGCAAAUCAUCUAACAAACCUCAGUCACUGAAGCGGAAGCGCGCAGAAGAGGAUCUAUCGACGCUGGUUCAGCGAGUCGAAGAUCUCGACCUCAAGGAAUCCUACAAAUCUUUCUCCGACCUCCCUCUGUCCGAACCGACCGCCUCCGGACUCUCGUCGUCGCACUACAAGACCCUGACUGAUAUCCAGUCUCGCGCGAUCAGUCAUGCGCUGAAGGGUCGGGAUAUUCUGGGCGCCGCGAAGACGGGAAGCGGCAAGACACUGGCUUUCCUGGUCCCGGUGCUCGAGAACCUGUACCGCAAGCAAUGGGCCGAAUACGACGGACUCGGAGCGCUGAUCCUCUCGCCGACUCGCGAACUGGCGAUCCAGAUCUUCGAAGUGCUCCGCAAGGUUGGCCGCUAUCACAAUUUUUCGGCCGGUCUGGUGAUCGGUGGAAAGAGUUUGCGCGAGGAGCAGGAGAGACUGGGGAGGAUGAACAUUUUGGUCUGCACGCCCGGUCGAAUGCUGCAGCACUUGGAUCAGACAGCUCUGUUCGAUACCAAUAACCUGCAGAUGCUGGUGAUGGACGAGGCGGACCGGAUCAUGGACAUGGGAUUCCAGAAGACGGUGGAUGCGAUCGUGGGUCAUCUGCCCCAGCAGCGCCAGACACUUCUCUUCAGUGCGACGCAGACGAAGAAGGUGUCGGAUCUGGCGCGCUUGAGUUUGAAGGAUCCCGAGUACGUGGCCGUGCAUGAGGCGGCGUCUUCUGCUACCCCCGCGACGCUUCAGCAACACUACGUGGUGACUCCGUUGCCGCAGAAGCUCGACGUGCUGUGGAGUUUUAUCCGGAGUAACCUGAAGUCCAAGACGAUUGUGUUUCUGUCGUCCGGGAAACAAGUGCGAUUUGUCUACGAGUCUUUCCGACACAUGCAACCCGGUAUUCCCUUGAUGCAUCUCCACGGUCGACAGAAGCAGGGUGGACGACUUGACAUCACGACAAAUUUCUCCCAGGCGAAGCACGCCGUGCUUUUCUCGACGGAUAUUGCUGCGCGUGGUUUGGAUUUCCCGGCCGUCGACUGGGUCAUUCAGCUCGAUUGUCCCGAAGAUGCCGACACGUAUAUUCACCGAGUCGGGCGAACGGCGCGUUACGAGCGGGAAGGCCGUGCGGUCUUGUUCCUCGACCCCAGCGAGGAGAAAGGCAUGCUGCAGCGUCUGGAGCAGAAAAAGGUGAAGGUCGAGCGGAUCAACAUCAAAGCAAACAAGCAGCAGAGCGUCAAGAGCCAGCUGCAGAACAUGUGUUUCAAGGACCCCGAGCUGAAGUAUCUGGGCCAGAAGGCUUUCAUCUCCUACGUCAAAUCGGUUUACGUGCAGAAGGACAAGGAAAUCUUCAACAUCAAGGAGCUGAAGCUGGAGGAUCUGGCCCACAGCAUGGGUCUUCCGGGAGCGCCCCGGAUCAAGUUCAUCAAGGGAGACGACACGAAAGAACGGAAGAACGCUCCUCGUGCGUCGGCGUACAUGUCCAGCGAUGACGAAUCUGGCGAUGACGAGGAAGAGAAAACAGAGAAAACAGCGAAGAGGAAGGAAGAGCCUCGUGUGCGCACCAAGUACGAUCGGAUGUUUGAGCGACAGAACCAGGACGUCCUGGCGGACCACUACUCGAAACUCAUCAACGAUGACGGCACUUUGGUCGAUCCUAACCAGAACAAGGGCGAGAGCGACGAUGAAGACGAUUUCCUGUCUGUCAAACGGCGCUUUGCUGCCGGUGACGAGGGUCUGGAUGUGCGCAGUAGUGAUGAUGACGAGGAGGAGACCGACAAGAAAGAUAUCAAGACCGUCCACAUCGACGGCCGCGACCCACUGGUCGUAGACUCGAAACGACGAGAGAAACUGCUUAAAUCGAAGAAGAAGCUGCUCAAAUUCAAGGGCAAGGGUACGAAGUUGGUUUACGACGACGAGGGCAACGCGCACGAGCUGUACGAGAUGGAAGACGAGGACCAGUUCAAGGCCCGCGGCGACGCCAAGGACCAACAGGCGCAGUUCCUGGCAGAGGAGACGCAGCGCACGCGACAGGCCGAUCUGGAAGACAAGGCCGUCGACAAGCAGAAGCGUCGCGAGAAGAAAGAGAAGCGCAAGCAGCGCGAGCGGGAAUUGCUGGCCGAGGAAGAGGCCGAGGAACGAGAGGCGCAACUGGCUCCCUUCGAGGGCGGCGACGACUACGACGGAGGCGAUUAUUCACAAUCCGAGGCGGAAGAACCAGCACCUCGUCCCAACAAGAAGGUUCGCGUGCAAGAACCCGACAGCGACAACGAAGUGGCAUCCCGCUACAAGAGGGACAAGCGACCCGCGGCGCCCAAGGGACCCGAACCUAUCCAGACUCUGGAAGAUCUGGAGUCGUUGGCUACUGGAUUGCUGGGGUAG